CUGAGGCGGUCAUAGAAGGAAGAGAUCAGGGAAGUAAGACAUACACUAAGAAAUACUCGUUUUUUUCCUCAGUGGUAUGUAGACCUUCAUCCUGUUCUUGCCUACUGGAUCAUUUCCCUGUACUCUAUUUUAAAACGUGGACUUGAGUGCGAGGAACAGCGAGCUGUGCACAAAAUCACCAGGGUUGCUGUUAGUCAACAGGUGGUGGUAAGAUCGUUUGGCUGACAUGUUGCCAUUCCAUCCUGUUCACUCUCAGCCCACAGAAGGGACACCAGGCAACCGCGACAGGGUGCCUGCUGUCCUGGAAAGUGAAGAAAGUGAGGAAGAGUCUAGUGAAGACCAGCAGCAGCCAGUUACACCCUGGGACGACCUGUGUAUUAUAGACCGAGUAGGACUCAACAGUGCUCAGAUGACAGAGGACCAAGUGGAGUCCGCCUUCUCCCAGAUAGCGCUGGCUUUUCGUAGCGACCAGUUCACCCUGAGGCAGAGGCUGCUUGCAGAAGAGCACGCCAGGAACCUGGCCGAGGAGAACAUCCAGCUGGAACUGGUUAGGGGCCGUGAGACACUGGAGACUCUGAAGGCGCUGUGCCUUGACAGUAAGCGCAGUGAGAUCCUCCAGAGACUAGAGCUGUGCCUGGACAUAAUGGAAGGGACAGUAGAGAGAGUAUCCAGCACAGCAGAGGUGCUUGGAGCCGUACAUCAGGAGGCGCGUGUUAGCAGGGCGUUGGAUCUGAUGGUGAGCCAUGUGGAGAGCCUGAGGAGGCGUCUUGAGAGAGGCGGCCCGGAGCUCGACGAGACCAAGGACAUCCACGGGAGGGGCUCCCACCGGGUUCAUAGCGACUGCAAAGGUGAAGGAGAGUUCAAGGAGAGGUUCAGUAAAAGCUCUCAGCAGUUGCACUUUGGUGCGAGCCGUCGAAGGAUCAGCGUAGAGCUGAUCACAAAACAAGCCCAGGAAAAAAGAAAACCAGAAAGAGUGCUGCACAAAUCACUUUCAUUAGAUAAUGUGAUGGGGAGGAAGACUUCGCCCUCAGCCCUGUCGUCAUCACUGUUCUCCAUCACGGAGUCCUUAGAGACGUCUUCAUCAACGGUCCCCAUCACAAAGUCCAAGCCUCGCGCCACAGAGGAGACAUACAGUGUCCUGGAUAACAGACCACCUGAAACUCCAGAUGACAGCAGAGCAGAGGUCACCACCACCGCUGUCAGGUUACAACCCCAGCUGGGCCCUUCUCUAGCCGACACAGCAGUCAGCCGCUCCGCUCCCACACACCAGCCAAACCAAGCGGUCACCAAACGGACAAACAGCAGCAGUUUCCCACUGGAGACCCUGUUGAGACACCGAAGGAGAGGCAAGGCUGCGCUGGAGAUGACUGAGAGCAGAAACGUUGACCAGGAAAAGACCAGGAGGACGCCCAUCAGCAAACGCAGCGCUGGACUGUGUGGCCCUGUCUGCAGUGGGCACCCCCUGGCCCACAGGCUGUGGCACCGACACUGGUUGGACCUGGUGGUGGCGAUCUGUUGUGUGGUACUAUUCAUAGUGCUCCUCUGGGUUGGUCCCGAACUUCUGCCGUGAAAAGGCAAAAGAACAUUUGAUCGAUCGUCAAACACAGGCACUUCCUGAAGGAGACAGACAGACGGACGGACAAAGACAGACAGGGCGCUUUAUUUAUUUAGCCUUUAUUUAACCAGGAAAAGGACUCACUGAGAUGAAAAGUCUUUCUUACAGGAGUGGUACUGAGGGUACUGGCCUGGCUUCUGAUUGGUCACUGAACAGCUUCAACUAAUCUACAUUCUUAUUUCAUAUAGUUGAGAAGAUCUGUCAUACUCAAAUCUUUCUUUAAGUACGACAGUGUUAUUUGCAUGUAAUUGCGUAUGUAAUACGUGGGUGUUUGCAUGUUUGAGUUGCAAAAUAUGUUAAAGGGCACUGUGUAGGAUCCGGCCUCUAACGUUUACAAGAAUGAAUUUAAACAAUACCACGACUUGUCUCCUCCUCUCCUCCUUAAACAAACAGGACAGGAAUAGUAUUAGCCAGGGUGGUUUAGUGUGGGAAGGAUAGUACUGUGAGUGUUUAAAGUGAGUAUGAGGUGACAAGUCAAUGCAAACUGUUAGACUGGCUGGCAAGAAAGAUUCAAUGGGGAAUUGCUCAGGCAUUCUAAACAAUUUUGUAGAAACAAAUAUUUGAAACAUUAACUUAAAACAUUAACGGCAGAUAUGCAGUUAAUGUUUAUAAUACAUGUAUGCUUGUGUUUAUGCUAAAAUCUUACAUAAGGCAACUUUAAUGAUUUAUUAUAAUCAUGUUAUUCUGACACUUUAUACUGACAACAAAAAAAUUGCCGCCUUUUCUCUAAAAAACAUUCUGAAAAUGUUUAACUUGACAAUCAGUCAUAUAAAGCCUUUUUACUAUAAAUAUACAAACAAUAUCAAAACGUAUACAUUCAACUGGUUAGUACCACAAAACCACAAUGCAGUGAAAACAGUCAACAGAAUCAUUUUUCAAACAAAGCAAUUAGAAAACCAUCUUAGGUUAAUAUACAAUCAGUUCAAAGUUUUAAUGGUUAACGUUCUAAUUAUUCAUGUUAGUGUAAUACAGCUUAAGGCAAAACAGCAACUUGCUAGCAUUUCUACUGUUUUUUUUCAAAAUUAUAUUAAAAGAAAUACAAUCAUAUAGAGGUUUUAGAUUCAUAGUUACGUCGAUCCUAUAUUUCUAUAGUAAACCCGUUAGUUAAUAGCAAAGGAAAACAUUGAUAUUCCUCAAAUAAAUAAAGAAAUUAUUAUUAUAUUAGAAGGGCUGUAACUUUAUUACUCCUUAUUUAAUAGAUAAAGAGUGAAAUUACAGAUAUGAAAAUUAAAUUCAGUAAAGAAAUAAUUUAAUUAGCAAUGCUGUAACUUCAUUUGGAAUCUAGGUGAAUCUUGUUGUGCAAAAACAGUGUCCCAGACACAAAAUACAUUCUACAGUAGGCUAUCUCCGAAUGCUAUAGUCAAUGACACAUUCAUGAAACUUGUUACAAAAACAUACAAUAUUAUUUUUUGGUGAUUCUCUAUCACCCGUAGAAAAUAAUCCAAUUCAGUUGAAAUACUUCUGGGGGAUUUUUUAUUUAAUUUUUUUAAAACCCAAAAUAAACUGGCAAAGCGCCUUACGUGACAACGUCAAACUUGCUUUAGAUAAAGCGUUAAAAUAAUAUGCUACGGUCACAAGUGGUAGAGCUAGGCGCUUAUCAUUGUACCCAUCUACCCACGGGCCCGUGGCCUUCGUCUGCAAAGGACAGCUGUCCCUCACCAGGCACAUAGCAUCUCACAGAGAGUCCACUGAGUCAAUAAAUACAGACAUAUUAUACAGGAUGAGGGUACUUCCCUCCCACUGUAACACUGUUGCAGCAGCAGCGAGUCCCCCCCCCCUCCCCCGGGUGAUGACGAAGCCACACCUCACGGCCACAGUAUAUACUGUGGAUUUUGUGCCGUACACAAUACGUAUGGCUGCGGUUACACCUGGCUGACGAUCUCCGAGUCCUCCUCGACGAACCACUGCACCGGGGUACCGUCUUCUGCCCUCUGGAGAAUCACCGUCUGGUGGGGACCCUGAAACAGCGGAGACACAUCUCGUUCACGGCCGCUGCCUCCGAGCCCGUCUAGCCCCUCGUCCGCCGCGUGUUUAAGCGCGUCCCCGGGAGACACCGGUUCUGACUGGGGCGCGCUGCGGUGCUGACUGUUUGGGUGCGACCUCACCUGCAUGUAGGGCGGGAGGUGAGCGGAAGCCGGGCUCUUGAUGCGGAACGACCCCUGGCGCUCCAGGGAACACGGGCGCGACAUCUGGAACUGGUUCUGGCUCUGGUUCUGGAAGUGGUUCCGCUGGUGCCAGGACCUGAGCUCCUCCGACACCAUCUCCCGGGGCAGGACCCGAGCGGGGUGGUUGGGGUACUCCCUCAGGGACGGGGUACGUACC